AUGAAGCUCCAAAAUUUUAAAUAUGCAACACUAUUAGAAAAAAGAACUGGCUAAUCAACAAGGAACGUCAAACACUGCUGAUGUUUAUAUUAUAAAAAAAAUAACAAUAAUUUAGUUUCUUCAUGGCUUAUUUGUUUACAAAUGUAAAAUUAAACAUAUUAGAUUAUAAAUAAGAAGUGUUAAAAGAAAAAUGUCGUCGGAAAUAGACGAUAACGGGGUCCAUAUUGAGUCUGUCGACGUCAAUUUAAAAGUGAAAGAAAAUGGAUCAAUGGUUGAAAAUAUUUGUGAUUCUGGUUUGGAUACACUCGACUCGUGUUCUGCUGCCUUCCCAGCGUCUGACUCUGAUGUUUCCCCGAUAAAAGACGUUAUAAAUAAUGAAUUUGGGCACGGGGCUUCAACAGACAGUCUAUCGAACGAUAGCAGUCUAUCAAGCCCUGGUACCGACGAAUUACCCGACAAUUUGAGCUUCGAAUAUCAGAAAGACAACGAAAUAACCAAAGAGAUUAUAAAUGGCGGUACAAACGUGUGUGAUACUGGAGAAAACGAUAGUUCUAGUUAUAAGCAAUCUGGGUUUGAUGACAGACCUCUCACCACCUCUACAGUAAGUCUGAAUGAUCAUAAGUCAGAGAAUAAUGUCAUGUGUAAAUCUCCAUUCAGUAAGAGCGCUGAGAAUAUCUCCAACAUAUCAUAUAAUGACACUAUCAGUACUAGUACAGAGAAAGAACUGAAUGCGGACAAAAUUCUAUCCGAAUUUGUAAACCAAAAAGCUAAAGCCAGCGCUGUCCAGAAAAUUCCAGAAACUCUAGUGAAUAUAGAUCCUAAAUACACAAGAAUACCUAAGGAAUUACUAUCACAAGAUAUAGGCAGUAUCGUCAAAAACGUUCACGGUAUAUUCUCAUCCGUUAGUGGCAGUUUAAAAAGUGCAUACACACACCGCACGGUCUACGCUCAGAAACCUGUAAAGAAUGUUAAGAAUUUACCCAACGGUAAAGUAAUGAAUGAUAUAUUUGAAGAUGAAAACACGGAGAGUACCGAAGUUCCUGAAAAGAAUGAUAAGGCUAAUGUUGAAGACCCCACCAUGACUAUAGAAAUACCAACAAUUAAAUCACUUGACUCCGAUGAUUCGGAGUCCGGUGAUACAAAGAAGGAUGUCUUGCGGUUACAAAUAGAGUCUUUGGAAAGAUUGUUAGCAGAACAGAGAAAGGAAAACGGUUCUUUAAGGGAUCGUGUCAAACAGCAAUGCGACGAGUUACAGCAGAAAGAUCUUACGUUUAAAGAAUUGGAGGUCAAAUUGGAUUUGAUGGGCAAACGCGUCGAGCACGCCGAACGCGAGAAGGACGCUGCGGUGAUGCGUUACGCGAGCGUCGAGUGCGCUGCCAUCGAAGCGCGGAGGGCGGCCGACACUGCGGCUAAGGCGGAGAAGGCCGCCCUGGCCGAGGUCGAGCUGCUGGGCGGCAAGCUCAAGUCCGCCCACGCUGAGAAGCAGAGGAUCUGCCAGCUGUAUGAUGAUAAAUGCCAUGAGCUGAUGUCUUCGGAGCGGGAGAUGGCGAAGCUGCGUGAAGACCUCCGCGAGCUGGACGGACGGCUCAAGUGGACGCAGAGCAAGCUCAGGGUCGAGAUGGAUGCUUAUAAGGAAACUUCAGAACGAGCUGAGAAGCUAACACAACAGAUCACGGAACUAGAAGCUGCUAAAGAUGUCGCGGCCGCCAACGCUACGGACAGCGUCAAAGCUAAGCAAUUUGAAUCGGAAUUAAAAGAAUGUCGUGCCGCCCUUAUCCUAUGUCGUCAUGAACGAGAUGAAUUAGAAAGAAAAUUAACAACCACCUCACAACAACUGGACACCUGUACGAGGGAAAGAGACAUCGCUAACGCCGCUCUCGCUCGCUCUACUGCUGAGGUCGAACAGCUAAAGGAGAGUAAUCUUCGUUUAGAAGAGGAGGCUGCGGAACUAGCCGCCCUACGAGCUAAAGCCGCCCUUGCUGAUACACUCAGCGCGCAGCUGCAAAGAGAGACGGAGCGAGCGACCCAAGCGGAGGAAGCGCUGAGCGUGGAGCGAGCAGUCGCCGAGACCUGCGGCAGGCGGGAGGCCGCCGCGCUCGAACACGCCGCCAAGCUCACCGCCAGCCAUGUGGCACACAGCGCCGCCGCCAGCAGGCGGGAGGCACAGGCGCGAGCGCUGGCCGUCGACAACGAGUCACUGAGAGAGCGCAUAGCGACCCUUGAGGGCGAGUGUACGCGGCUACAAACUUCACUAGCAGAGGAGACCGAGAGGCGGAACAAGGAGAAUCGGGUGCUUGCCAGGAAGGUUGCAGAGUUAACAGAAGAUGUAGCAGAAGCGAACAAGAAGCUAGAGUGGGAGAAGGGAGAGAACGGAGUGCUUAAGAAGAAACACACCAGUGCCAUAAAGGAGUUGAAUCGCGAACUACAGCGCGCGAUGAAGCGAUGUGAACAGUUGGAAGCGAAACUGCCGCAGCAACUGGCGCCAUCUACUAGGACGGGAUCCAUAUCAUCGUUGAGUAGCGGGGAGAGUGCUCCACAAGAAGAGAGGCUUCAGAAUGGACAUAGUGAAGCUUUACCAGAUAUCCAGGUCCGGGAGCCCGACCGGCAGACCCUCAUAGAGCGCAUCGUGUCCCUGCAGCGGGCGGCGGCGCGGAGGGCGGAGCGCUGCGAGUUCCUGGAGGAGCACUCGCGCCAGCUCACCGCCGAGCUGAGGGCGAAGGCCCGUCUGCUGCGGCAUCUGCUGUGCGAGCUGCCCGCCGGGGCCGUCAGCUCCAGCCAGCGGGACGCUAACAAGAAAGAAAUAGCUCGUCUCGGUGGCGGUGCGAUGGCGGCAGUGUGGGGCGGCGAGCCGGCCGGACUGCCGCCGGACCUCGCGUUAGAGAUGACGCGGCGACUGCAGGCCGUGCUAGAAGACACGCUGCUCAAGAACAUCACGCUCAAGGAAAACAUGGACACUUUAGGUGCUGAGAUCUCAAGACUAAAAGACCAGCUGAAAUCGGCGAGCGAGACCAAAUAACAUACGGUAUAAGUCAAAUGUUAACUAAUACACUAUAUGAUACACUACAAACUUCACCUGGAAUUAGCCCACCGUUGGGCAAAAGUAUCAUUGUACACAUUGCUGGUUUUUCUUCAUUAGGAUGGUUUAUCCCGCUGUUGGGCAAAAGGAUAAGAGGACCCACUGCUGGGUUUUCUCAUAAGGUUUAUCCAAUGUUGGGACUACAGACACUUUUUAUUGCUUUGCUUUGGAAGUUUCUUGUUAACUUGCAAGCGAUAUCAGAUUUAAUUAUAGAAGCUGUUAUU